AUGUCCCCCCAGCAAGCCCAGACCCCCGGCGACGAGUCCCAUCUGCCGCCACAAGAGCGCAAGUCCGUCACCGACGUGCCCGUGACGCCAGACAUCCGCAGAGACACCUACAACGACCAGCCGAGCAAGGCGGAGCGUCUACGGCAGGGCUAUUUCCCGCCGCAGCCCGGCACGGCCAAGCAGCACGCGGUACGGCAAACGAUUCCCUCGCCAUCUCAUCAGCAGAAGCGCAAUCUAACGGCAACCGGUGAUGACGCUCGCCCGCCACGGCACAAUGGCGCUGGCUCAACCCAUCGCCGGGUCAUAUCCGCGACGUUCACCGUGCCGCAACUGCUGCAGUACGACAAGGACGGUCAAUGGAAACUAGAGGAUCGCGGCCACCGCUCAACGCUGCUCAACUCCUUCGCCUACCUCUCCUCCGACCAAUGUCCUCUCGACCACACAGUUAUCGCCUGGACCGGAGAAAUCGUCCAAGUCUCCGACGAUGCAUCCCCAUCGCCAAAGACAGCAUCCCCUGCCCCCGCGCAAUUGUCAGGCACCAGCACGACUACCACCGGUGUUGGCCUAGGCGCUGUCCAAGUGAAAAUCGACGGGGAGACGACCGGCGACGAGACCUUCAUCUCCCAUCGCGAGGCCAAGCAGCUCGAACACCUUCUCUACACCGACCCGGUGCGCACGCUUCCAAUAUGGCUCACCGACGACGCGGGCGUCACAGAGGACGGCAUCAAGCUCGAGAGGCAAUCCCGCUGGCGCGCCUUCGCAGAGCACGACAUGUUUGCCCUGUUCCACUACAAGCAACGCACGCCCACCGCCGGCAGGCAGGAAGACGAGCGAUGGGACGACUACCGGCGCAUGAACGAGGCCUUUGCCGACAAGAUCUGCGACGAGUAUCAGCCCGGCGACGUCGUCAUGGUGCACGACUAUCACCUGGCGUUGCUUCCCGAACUGCUCCGCCAGCGCAAGCCAGACAUUCAAGUGUCGUUCUAUCUCGCCUCGCCGUUCCCAACCAGCGAGCUCGUGCGCUGCCUGCACCGACGCAAGGAAGUCCUUGAGGGCAUGCUCGGCGCCGAUGUCAUCGCCUUUCAAGCGCGCCACUACGCGCAGCACUUUGCCAACUCGUGCGCCCGGAUCCUCAGCCUCGACGCCAGCAGCGAGCGCGUCGUAACUUCCUGCGGAAGAACCGUCACGAUAGCUGUCCUGCCGGAGGGUAUCGACGUCGCAAGCAUCACAUCCCUGGCCUUCACCCCCGCCGUCGACGCCAAAUGCGCCGAGCUGCGCGCCCUCUACGGCGACAGGAAGCUCAUCUUCGGGUGCGACCCGCCCGACAGCCUCGGCGGCGUCGACAAGAAGCUCCAGGCCUUUGCGCGGUUCCUCGAGACGCACCCCGAGUGGAAAGACAAGGUCGUCCUCGUCCAGACGUGCAGCCGCCCCGCCGCCGAGCACGCCAACGAGGAGGACGAGGCCAAGUACACCAACAAGGUCAACUCGCUCGUCGCCGCCAUCAACCAAGCCCACGGCUCGCUCGGCGGCUUCGCGCCCUUGAGCAUGCACUCGCAGAACCUCUCCCGCGAGGAGUACUUUGCGCUGCUGCGGCUGGCCGACGCGGCGCUCAUCACCAGCGCGCGCGAGGGCAUGAGCACCACGGGGCUCGAGUACGUGGCAUGCCAGCAGCGGGACGAUCACGACAAGGACAGCGAAGUUGAUGAGGGUGAUGAUGGCACGGCGCACGGGCAGCUCAUCAUCUCCGAGUUUAGCGGCACGGCGAGCAGCCUCGAGGAGGCGCUGCAGAUCAACCCGUGGGACGUGGCGGGCGUGGCGGAGCGCAUCGACGAGGCGCUGACCAUGUCGCCGGAGCGGCGCCGCGAGGUGCACGGGGCUGUGUACGGGCGCGUGAGGGAGCGGGACGUCAAGUCUUCGGUCGACGACAUGUUGCGGCUCCUCGAGCAGGUGUCGCCCGCCAGCGACCGCGGGGUCCCAAAGAAGGCGCAGACGGCAUGA